AUGAUUCCGCUUCUGCUUCUGCUUCUAAUAUUUGAACCGAUUGUACAACCAAGCCCAUCGUGUCCCACACAUUGUGAAUGCGACCUUUCAUCAUUUAACAAUUCAUCAUGGUCGGUUUAUUGUCGAAAGAAUGUGAUCAAUGAGACGGUCUACGCGGAAAUCCUCAACCAGCUUCCUCUUACGCUGCGUUCGCUUCACAUCCAGGCUCCCGAUUGGCGCGGUCGCAACAAACUUCGCUGGAAUGACAACAUCAACCGUUUUGCGCAACUCAAGGUGCUCCGUCUGGUCGGCUGCGAUAUUCCCGCGAUGUCUCGAUCCAUCCGAUUGCCCUCUCUUGAAGUUCUGGAUCUAAGCUCCAACAAAAUUGAGCAUGCUACAAUGAGCAACUUCGCUGGAAUGCCGAAACUCCGCAUUCUUGAUCUAUCCAACAAUCGCCUCAGUAUUCUUCCCACAGGUGUUUUCACCUACUUGCGCUCGUUGCGGACCCUUUCGCUAGCCAAUAACAAUAUAACGGACGUUUCGACGAAUCUAUUACGCGGUUUAUCGGCUCUUCGCGUCCUUCGAUUGGAUCACAAUCGGGUUCCCAUCAACCAAAUCAACGAGAUAUUCAACGACGUGCCGCAACUCGACGAGCUCUACCUUAACCAUUGCCAACUCGGCUCAAUCGCUAACCUCUCACUCGAGCGCAUUCCGCAGUUACGCAAUUUGGGUGUCGGCGGCAAUGAGCUGCAACUGGUGCCCACGAGGGAGCUGCAAAACUUGCACCAUUUGGCGGUGCUCGAUGUCUCGCAUAACGCGAUUCAGGAGAUUGCAGCGUGCGCGUUUUGCGCCAACAAUCUCACCAAGUUGGACAUUAGCCAUAAUUUAUUGGGAUUGUCAAAACAGCCAUUUCAUCCGGACGCGUUUCGCAACAUACCGAUCCGUCAUUUGGACAUCUCAUUCAAUCAUAUGAACGAGUUUGACUCGAAAUGGCUUGGAUGGGCGCAAGACGUUCUUUCCUCUUUGGCAUUAUCAGGCAAUUUUCUCAAAAACUUCAAUGACACCUUCACCCACACUUUGAGAUCUCUAGUUCACUUGGAGAUGGCAUAUAACGAGAUUCCGUACAUACCAAUCACCUUGCCAGCUCAGUAUUACCAUUUGCAUUCGCUCAAUAUCUCCGGCAAUGGCAUAUCGUACAUUCCGGACAACUUGAACACAAUCCUGCCAAAUGUCAAGGAGCUCGACAUCUCCAACAACAAUUUCGUCUCGUUCAGCCAAUCUGAGCUAUCAUUCCUCAACUAUGUUGAUCGAGUAUACUUGGCCGGCAAUCCAUGGGACUGCUCUUGCGCAAUCCAAAGUAUCCAGGUUGGUAAACAUUUGACUCCAGUUGCUAUUAAAGUUCACAUGAGAGAACGUUAUGCUAUGCGACAUAUUCUGAAGUACGAUGAAGUCCGUUGUGCAAGUCCUUCCCUUGUCGAAGGCCAUUCGGUUCUAGCCAUUUCUGAUGUCAACGAUUGUGCUGUGCUCUUUGGAGCUCGCUAUGGGCUUACACAAACCAGCGAAAUGCUGAUACUCCUAGCCGCGCUGAUAUGCGCAGCGAUCACACUUCUAAUGCUUCUCGGCUGCAUCUAUUUCCUGCGAGAGCGUCAAUACAAAGGCUCGUACGUGACACGGGAACAUUCACGGACCCCAUUAACCAUGGCACAUACUCAUAGUUGUUCAUCAAGUACCAAUGGCCAACUUUCUCCGCAAUUCGAUCCAUUCCAGGUGGAUGGAAUGAAUUCCAGCGAAACGUUUAAGUCAAUGCCUCCUUUGAUUCCACCAGCCCCUCCAAAACCCGCAUCCGCCUAUUUCGGUAUCUGA